AGUCCCUUUAAGAGUGGGCGGAGCUAUGCCUGGAAGGGGCGGAAGUCAGCUGAUGGGCCCUGUUACAGAAAUGGCGUCGGUAUGGUUGCAGCUUGCGUUCUGGCUGCUCGCCUUGGGAUCGGGCUCGCUGUCGCUCGAUGAGUCCUACCGCAGACAGGUCACCUUCGAAUACAAUCCCGGGUGGGACAGCUCCAUGCCGGCAGCUCCCAAUGUGCUCCAUAUCCGGGCCCUGGGUCCCAGCGACACCAUCCACUACCUCUGGAGCUCGCUCGGAGCCCCCACUGUCCUGCAGGUCUACAGCAGCAGCCCCAACAGCACCCUACACGUCGACUGGAGCCGGCUACAGCUCCCGGACCCCGCAGGCGCCAUCCGCAUCGAGCCCGCCGAGGCCGUGGUCUACUCCACCGCUGUCAUCUUCUCGCGGCUCCUGGAGUACGAUGACGAGAACGAUACUGCUGAUAUGUCCCAGGUGCCGGCCGACAGAAUCUACCCCCCCUACCAACUGCAGGACUUCACCUGGGCGGACGCCAAUGCCACUCUGAACCAGACUACGCUGACCGCGCAGCUCCAGGGCUGCAACGCUACUGGGACCCCCUUCGUCAACGGCACCAUCACCUUCCGGAUUACAGCAUUCGAGGGUGCUGGCCGUGACGCUGACCUCCCUCGUCUGUUCCACACGGCCAACACCUCGAAGCUGGAGUUUGUCAUCGAGGGACUGCAGCCGCGAGGCAAUCGGUCACGGUUUGGCUUGGAGCUGAUGGUGCUCGAGGAGGCAGGGACUCAGCGGUCAAUGAGGGUCAGCAAAACCAUCGAUGAUGAGUACACGCCGAGCAUUUUCAAGGUGACCGAGCUGGUGGGGGCUCCGGAGAACGGCAGCAGCCAGCGUGGUUUUCUGCAGUGGAAGCCCGUGGCCUACGGUGCGGCCCCGCCCCUGCGGAGUAACUCCAUGCAGUCCCGUGAUUAUGGGCUGCGGACGGGGCAUAAUUGUAGCCUCCCCACUGCCAGCCUGGCCUUCGCCUUCGGCCGGACGGUGCCCACUCGACACACGCACCUCAACGCCUUCAACGUCUCCUUCGGCAGCGCCAGUCAGUGGCUCUAUCCCACCCACCACCAUAUCAGCUGGUCAGUGCUGGUAGGACACGGAGCGCCCCCAGAGGACACCUUCUCCGUGUUGGUCGUCGCUAUCAUGGCAGUGGGGUUGGGCCUGCCUGCAGUCCUCCUGCUGGUGGGGGGCGUGUACGUAUGCAUCCACCGCUCGAGGCUGUCACACACGGGAUACCAGCCUAUCAACUGAGGCAUGGACUCUGCUGGGGUCUCCAGCUCUGUCUGGGGGCUCUCGCCGGAAAAGAGCGGACUUCCCCCGGACCCUCAGUCCCACAGUGUGGCGAUCAGUAAGGGUGUGGGAGAGCUUCAGUUUGUCUCAAGUAAAAUGUUUGUCUUGUUGGGUAUGGUACAGAGGCAACUUCACUCUGUGUCUGACCCCGGGAGUGUGUGAUGGGACGGUGUAGGGGGAGCUUCACUCUGUGUCUGAUCCCGGGAGUGUGUGAUGGGACAGUGUAGAGGGAGCUUCACUCUGUGUCUGACCCUGGGAGUGUGUGAUGGGACAGUGUGGAGGGAGCUUCACUCUGUCUCUCUUGUGCUGUGUCUAGCAUUGUUGUUCAGUGAUUAUUUAGAUGAGAAAUUGAUUCACUCUCUUUCUCAUCUCUGUGGACUUGCUGAUAAUUGAGUCCUGCUGGAAUGGGGCUUAGAUACUGUGGGCUGUGACUGUUCCCCAAGUUCAAGCUGCCUUCUCACUGUAUUAUGUCUGGCGUCUGGACACCACGUCUGCUCACUGUACCACAUCUGGCGCCUGGACACUAUGUCUCCUCACUGUAUCAUGUCUGGCGUAUGGACACGUCUGCUCACUGUACCACGUCUGGUGUCUGGACACUAUGUCUACUCACUGUAACAUGUCUGGCGUCUGGACACCAUGUCUGCUCACUGUACCACGUCUGGCACCUGGACACUAUGUCUCCUCAGUGUAUCAUGUCUGGCGUCUGGACACCACGUCUGCUCACUGUACCACGUCUGGCGUCUGGACAUUACGUCUCCUCAGUGUAC